AUGGUUGGGGAUGACAAAGAGGUUGGCGAAGAAGUUAGGGAAGAAGUUGGUGGUAACGACAAUGGCAAGAAGGGAGAUGAGGGAGCUGGUUCAAAUUCACAUUCAUCGCUAGAGCAGGGAGAUGGCUCACAAACUGUUGCUGAUGCUACUACUACUAGUGUUGUUGUUGCUGUUCCUAUUGGUAAGGCCCUUGGAGUAGUGUUGUCAACCGGGACAUUGUCAGCAUUGUUAUUGUUGGUGUUGCUUGAAUAUGCCAUCGGUAGGAUUGCAAAGGAGAUGAAACGAAGAAGGCAGCUUCAUUCACCUAACCAGAAUUCUUCCCAAACAAUACGCAAUUCUGAAGCAAGAUCACCAUCAGAAGCUGAGAUUCUCCUCAAGUGGAAAGCUGAUCUCCAAAGCCAAGCCAUACUCGGGUCAUGGUCGAUGCCUCCCAACUCAUCAACUGGUUCUACUCCAAACCCAUGCAACUGGACCGGCAUAACUUGCAACUCGGACGGAAGUGUAACCCAAUUAAACCUGCCUGAGGCCGGUUUAAGUGGUAAGCUCGACAACUUGGACUUCUCUAUGUUGCCCAACCUUGGCCGACUCAAUCUGAGUGGCAAUAAACUUGAAGGUUCAAUCCCCCAACACAUAAGCACACUUUCAAAACUCACCCACCUUGAUCUCUCUGUGAAUCGUCUCUCUGGUUCUCUACCUUUAUCCAUGUCUAACCUCACUAUGCUAUACUUGCUCAACAUUUCUGAUAAUCUGAUAACUGGUGAACUAGAUCCUCAUUUGUUAACAAAUUGGACAAGACUGACCUACCUCCGACUCAUAAACAAUAGCCUCACUGGAAGAAUCCCUCCCGAGAUCGGAUUGCUUACAAGUCUCAAAGAGCUAGCCUUGUUAGAAAAUCAGUUCAGUGGUUCAAUUCCGUCUGAAAUUGGAAAUUUAAACAAGUUGGAAGCGUUAGGCUUAAGCCAUAACCAUCUUACCGGAAUCAUCCCUCCAUCUUUGGGUAAUCUGAGUGAACUAGAACAUUUAAUCCUGGGUGACAACCAACUUUCAGGAAUCAUUCCUCCAAGAAUUGCUAAUCUGAGAAAAUUGAUCACUCUUUAUCUUUAUGGAAACCAACUAUCAGGUCCAAUACCUCAAGAAAUAGGAAAUCUCUCGUCCUUGCUGUUUGCACUCCGUCUGAGUGACAACAACCUGUCUGGCCACUUACCCGAGCAUGUCUGCCAAGGUAGAUCUCUUUUCUAUUUCACUGCAUCUAGAAACCACUUAACUGGCCGCAUCCCAGAAAGCCUGAGAAACUGCACAAACUUGUUUAGAGUUGAAUUAGAUAAUAAUCAGCUGACAGGAAGUAUAGACCAAGCCCUUGGGAUCUAUCCAAUUCUCGACUAUAUUGACCUUAGCUACAAUAGAUUAGAAGGGGAGCUCUCACCCAAUUGGGGUGAAUGUCGGAAUCUGACAGUGCUGAAAAUCUCCAGCAAUAAGAUCUCAGGGAGGAUACCACCAGAGUUUGGCAAGUUAACCCAUUUGGGGGUGCUUGAUCUCUCUUCAAAUCAACUUGUCGGAGAGAUCCCAAAGCAACUCGGAGGACUACCUUCUCUACUCAACCUACGUUUAGGAGAUAACCAACUUUCUGGUCAGAUACCACUUGAAAUUGGAGGACUUUCCAAUCUGGAAUUGCUAGACCUCUCGUUCAACAAGUUUACUGGACCAAUCCCAAAGCCAAUAGGGGACUGCACCAGACUGCGGUCUUUGAGCUUGAACCACAAUUAUUUGAAUGGAACCAUCCCUGAUGAGAUCGGAAAUCUGGGUGUCCUCCAACAGCUACUAGAUCUUAGUCAAAAUUCACUCACCGGAGAGAUUUCACCAGAGCUUGGAAAGCUGAAUAUGCUGGAGAGCUUAAAUCUCUCUCACAAUGAGCUCAGAGGUUCCAUUCCCACUUCACUAAGCAAUAUGGUUGCACUGACACAAAUCGAUUUUUCCUACAAUGAAUUGGAGGGUCGUGUUCCUAAUACAAGUAUCUUUCGGAGAGCUGCAUCACCUGAGGCUUUCAGUAACAACAAAGGUUUAUGUGGUGAGGUCGAAGGUUUGCCACCCUGCAAUAAUCCACAUCAAUAUCCACAAAAGAAAAAAGGCCACAAAUUUGGGAUUACUAUUGUCGCUUCUUUGUUAGCCACGUUUGUCUUAGUGUCCAUACUUGUUGGACUCUUUUCCCUUUACUACCGGAAAAGAUGGGUGAAAUUAGGGAGAGGAAAUAGUUCUUCAAGCGGUGAUGAUGAAUAUUUUUCAGUACUAAAAUUUGAUGGGAAGAUUGUGUACGACGACAUCAUCUCAGCCACAAAUGAAUUUGACAGAAAAUACUGCAUCGGCAAAGGAGCAACUUCAAGUGUUUACAGAGCAGAGCUACCCAGUGGGGUUGUAUUAGCAGUGAAGAAACUUCGUUCCCUUGAAGGAGAAGAAGUAGAGAUAAUGAAAAGCUUCAGGAAUGAGAUACAAGUGUUGACAGAAAUCCGGCAUCGGAACAUAGUAAAGUUUCAUGGUUUCUGUUGUCACCAGCAGCACAGUUUUCUUGUUUAUGAAUACCUGGAGAGGGGAAGCUUAGCAAAUAUGUUGAGUAGCGAGGAAGGAGCAAAAGAAUUGGAUUGGGGGAAGAGGGUGAAGGUGAUUAAAGGCAUAGCCCAUGCUUUGUCUUACAUGCAUCAUGAUUGCAGGCCAACCAUAAUCCAUCGAGACAUAUCCAGCAAAAACAUUUUACUGGAUUCAGAGCUUGAGGCUAAAGUAGCUGACUUUGGCACCGCAAGAUUUUUAAAGCCUGCUAAUUCGUCUUGCUGGACCACACUUGCUGGGACAUACGGAUAUAUGGCUCCAGAGCUCGCUUACACAAUGCAUGCGACUGAAAAAUGUGAUGUUUACAGCUUUGGUGUUUUGGCAUUAGAAAUAAUAAUGGGAAGACAUCCAGGGGAKAUCAUAUCUACCUUGUCCUCAUCAAUUGAUCAUGGCUUGCUGCUGCUAAAGAAUGCAAUGGAUCCACGUCUCUCAUUUCCCAUAACUAAACUAGUUGUAGACCACCUACAUUCCAUUUUGAAUUUAUCAAUUGCAUGCUUACAUGCCAAUCCACAAUUUCGACCAACAAUGCAGUAUGUCUCCCAGCAGAUAAUAUUGUCMCCUUAAUAUUUUCUCAGAUUUMAUUACUUUCUUAGUUAAAUAUUAUUCC